CUACUUUGGGUUUUUUGUUUUACUCAUGAUUGCUUUCUUUUUCUUGUGCAAAAAAAAAUCACUUUGCAAAAGAACUCAAAUCAUCUCCAGUGUUCCAAAUAUUUUGAUUGACUAGCAAGUGUUAUUCUGUUGCAAUAUUUGAUUGUAUAGAGAGACACUGUAUUGUCUAUAUAUUAAAAAAAAAGAAAAGGCAAAAAAGGCUGUGUAUAGGUUUUUGGUACUAUGUACCACCUCUUAUUUCUCUCAUGCCCAAGUAUUCAUGUACUUAAAGCAUACUCUAUUUAAUUGUGUUUUGAUUUAAAAUAUAUAAAUAUUAAAAUUUGUGUCAGUUUUCUGUUUUGAUGGGAUUUGAAUUUAGAUGUUGGGUUUUUUUUCACGUAGGUCGUGGAGGUUCAUAAAAGAGAGAAAACAUUGUAAUGUUUGCCCUUUACAUUUGCAAACAUUUCUUAAUCUUGUAAUGGAUGGCAUUGAAUUAGGAAUGAUGUCUGUAAAUAUUAAACAAGUUUUUGAACUGGGGGGGAGGGGAGAGCUGUAUUGGGGUCUCUCUGUUGCUGUGCCUGAUAUCUUUGAUGUGUGGAGAGCUGAUGGAGAGAACCCAAGGACGGGAAGGCAGAGUUCUGUGGUAAGGAGGCACUGGUAGCUCUGAACCUGCUGUGGUGUGAAGUACUGAAGGUGUGAUUUGCACAACAGAGCUGAGAUUGCUCACAAGGCUGGGCUGCGUGAUCACAAACGCGGUAGGGAGAGGUGCGGAUGGACGUCGUGCAGUGCAGUGCUGACCUACACGUGCAUUGCUCCGGCUUGGGCAGAAACCCGAACAGCAACCCACUUUGCAUUCACCGCCGUUCUUUCUUUUUCCUGCCUUGGCCACGUUCAGACCUCAGCAGCUACUUUGCUGUCCUAGCAGAGCGCAUUUACAGACUACAAGCCCCAAGUUUGGGCCCUGAUCACGCAUUCUUUCAGCAGCUGCAUUGCAGACGAGACGAGCAACGCGGAAUUUAUCGCUUGCUUCGUGACGGAUUUGCGUAGCAGGGUUGAGUCUUUUUCCAGCCCAGCUAAACAGCAUUUCGGUGAAACGCUCCCUGCAACCCCGAACCCGCGGCUCCCACCGCCGGCCACGAGGGGGCAGCAGCGCCGCACCCAGCGCCUCCCGCACCCCCCGCCCCGCGCAGAGCGGCCGCUUCCGGCCCACGUGGGUCGCACGGGCACAUGGCCGCGAGCAUGGAGCCUACAGAGGACGUGGAGCGGCUCUUGAUCCAGUUCCGCGAUGAGGCCGGCGAGCCGCUCGGCUCCCCCUUCGACGUGCCCGUCAGCAUCACCCCAGACAAGCUGCAGCUGGUGUGCAACGCCCUCCUGCAGCAGGAUGAGCCGGUGCCUUUGGCCUUCUUCUUCCACGAUGCCGAGAUCGUCGUUUCGCUGGAGAAGACCUUGACAGGGCAGGCAGUGGAGACAGAAAAGGUUCUCGACAUCAUCUACCAGCCGCAGGCCGUGUUCAGGGUGCGGGUGGUGACGCGCUGCACCAGCUCCCUGGAGGGACACACCGAGGCCGUCAUCUCCGUUGCCUUCAGCCCCACGGGAAAGUACCUGGCGAGCGGCUCUGGGGAUACAACUGUCCGCUUCUGGGACCUCAGCACGGAGACGCCGCAGUUCACAGCCAAAGGUCACAGACACUGGGUGCUCAGCAUCGCCUGGUCACCUGAUGGCAAGAAGCUGGCCUCAGGCUGCAAAAAUAGCCAGAUAUUUCUCUGGGACCCAGCCACGGGCAAUCAGAUCGGCCGUGUUCUCACUGGCCAUUCCAAAUGGAUCACGUGUCUGUGCUGGGAGCCGCUCCACAUAAACCCGGAGUGCCGCUACCUGGCCAGUGCUUCCAAGGAUGGCAGCAUCCGCAUCUGGGACACGCUGAUGGGCAGGUGUGACAAAAUCCUCACGGGCCACACGCAGUCGGUGACUUGUGUGAAGUGGGGAGGCGAUGGCUUGCUCUACUCCUCCUCCCAAGACAGAACUAUCAAAGUUUGGAGAAGCCAGGAUGGCAUCCUGUGCCGCACCUUGCAAGGCCACGCUCACUGGGUGAACACCAUGGCCCUCAGCACCGAUUACGUUCUCCGCACUGGUGCCUUUGAACCUGCUGAAGCCACCAUCAACCCACAGGAUAUGAGUGGCUCCUUGGCAGAACUGAAGGACAAGGCACAGCAGAGGUAUGAUAAAGUCAGGGGCCAGGGACCAGAAAGGCUCGUCUCAGGUUCAGAUGAUUUCACACUGUUUCUUUGGAGGCCAGCAGAAGACAAGAAGCCACUGGAGAGAAUGACAGGUCACCAGGCAUUGAUUAACCAAGUCCUCUUCUCACCAGACACCCGGAUAAUAGCCAGUGCUUCCUUUGACAAAUCAAUAAAGCUCUGGGAGGGCAGGACAGGAAAGUACCUGACAUCACUGAGAGGACAUGUCUCAGCCGUGUAUCAGAUCGCCUGGUCAGCCGACAGCCGCUUGCUGGUGAGUGGGAGCAGCGACAGCACGCUGAAGGUCUGGGAUGCUGAGACAAAGAAACUGGCCAUUGAUCUUCCUGGCCAUGCAGAUGAGGUUUUUGCAACAGAUUGGAGCCCAGACGGACAGAGGGUAGCGAGUGGAGGGAAAGAUAAGUGUUUACGGAUAUGGCGUAGAUAGGAGCAGCAACACGAAGCCACCAGUCCUGUCCUAAGCUGCCCUGCCCAUCAACUCAAUCUGCUUGGGAGAUCUGCAAGGCGAUGGACAACAUGGGCUGACCUGGACGUGUCUCAUUGUUCCUGUCAGCUGCUAUCCCUCGUGGACUCUUUCCUUAUAUUUAUUUAAGGAAAUUUUAAUUUCUGUUCUUAGUAAGAGCUGUGCUUUGCAGGAUCAUUUUCUUCUGAGCAUUACAAGAAGGAAAUCUCAUCUGC